AUGAAUCUCAGCCUUCCUAUCCGCACUGUUAGCUCGAGGAACGAUGAUAGCAGGAAACACUUUAUCAACUACACUCCUACCUCUUCAACUGAAGCCAUCUCUGGCCCGGUCCGGGAACCUACGCCAUUAAACGACCGGUUAAUCGUUGGUCUUGAUUUUGGUACCACUUACUCAGGUGUUGCCGCUGUAUAUACAUCGACUCCAGACGAUGUCGAGAUUAUAAAAACCUGGCCAGGAGGCAAUGGAAUCACAUCGGACAAGGUCCCGACAGAGAUAUCCUACGACUUUCCGCCGAACUCCCCGGAGGGUGCGGAGCCAAACAUCAAAUGGGGUUUCCAAUUCAGACCGGAGGAAUCUCGACUUCGAUGUAUCAAAUUAUUCCUGGAUCGGUCGCAAAAGCUACCUUUCUACGUCAGCCCAUUGGAAACUGCUGCCCAACUGAAGAAGUUCAACAAAAAUGUCAUGGACGCUGUCAGCGAUUACUUGACUCAGGUGCACAAGCACACCAUGGAAACCCUUACAAGACGAUAUGGAGAGUCAUUCUUGGCGUCGACAAAUGUAGAGUUUGUCCUCACGUGUCCAGCUGUGUGGUCGGAUGCUGCAAAGAAUACUACGUUGCAGGCUGCAGAGCGGGCGGGGAUGGGCACCAAGUCUGAGAUUCAGAUGAUCAGUGAACCUGAAGCAGCUGCGGUAUAUACACUUAAAGCCAUACAGCCUAAUCACCUGAGCGCUGGUGAUAACUUUGUAGUAUGUGAUGCCGGAGGAGGAACAGUGGACUUAAUUGCCUACAAAAUUAUAUCUCUGAAGCCAUUGAGGGUUGAAGAAUCUGCCGUUGGAACUGGUGGGUUGUGCGGUAGUGCAUUUCUGAACUACCGGUUCGAGGAGCAUGUCCGGGGUCGCAUUGGGAAGGAGAGGUUCGACGAGAUGAAGCUUAAGAAGGCCAAGUGCUGGCAGAUGGGUCUACGAUACUGGGAAGAGUUUGUAAAGCGCAAUUUCAACGAAGAAGAACACGCCGAAGUCAAUGUACCUUUCCCCGGACUCCCCGACGAUGAAGAAGCAGGGCUAGAUUCCGGAUUCCUUGUUUUGACUGCCGCGCAAAUUAAAGAAAUAUUCGAACCUGUCGUCAAGGAGGUCUGUGACUUGGUGCAGGGCCAAGUGGAUGGGAUCCGCGCGAAAGGUGGAAUUGUAUCUGGUAUAGUUCUGGUUGGAGGGUUUGGGCAAAGCAACUACUUAUACACACGACUGAAAUCUCAUUUCAACACCGCGGCACCCCCUCCAUACAGCGAACGGCCGACACACGCUCAAGCAACCGCUCUGAUUCAAAACGGAUCCGUCGAGGUUAUGCAACCAGUCAACGCUUGGACAGCGGUUGUUCGAGGAGCCGUCUUACGAGGUCUCGAAGGAAGUAUGGUGGUCUCACGUAAGGCAAGAAUGCAUUAUGGUACUUCCUAUGCUACUGUCUAUGAUGAAGACAAGCACCAAGUUAGCGAAAGAUACUGGAGCCCACUAUGGGAGCGGUGGAUGGUAAGUGAUAGGAUGCAAUGGCACAUUGCGAAGGGCGAGACGCUAAGCGCUGCUACACCCGUCAGUUUCCAUUAUACACGAAACUUCAGACCGGGCCAAUCCCUCAUCGUAUCCGACGACCUCAUCGCCUGCGACGCCGAUGGUGACCCUCCUUCCUCCUAUACCAAAGAACUUAUAAAUGUCUGCACCUUAACAACCGACCUUGGUGCUGUACCAAAGAGUCUCUUUACUAGGCUCACGACGACAAGAGGCGUUGAAUUCGAUAAUCUGGAUUUCACGCUGGAGAUGGUGGUUGAAAGUGCAGGGCUGGCAUUCGAGCUCAAGGUUGAUGGGUUCAGGUAUGGGCGGGUUGAGGCCGAGUUCCAUUCGGCUUGA